AGUCAUUUGGGAUAUUAAGAAUAUGCGAUGGAUAGUUCUGUAAGUACACUGGUUAAAAUGGAGAAAUGAAAAAAUAAUAUUAAAAAUAAGUAAGUAGAAUCUACUUAAUUAGGAAUGUGAGUGUAUAUCCUCUCUCUAGCGAUGUCGAGGAGAAGAGGAAGACCUAGAAAGAAGACGACGCCGAGCAAGUCUCCGACGAUCGGAUCCACUCCCAAUAGUGGGGGAGAUGUGAUCCCAACAGAAGAAGAAUCUCCUACUCCACAGAAAUCCCCGAUCAAUGAUGAGAUCUUGACAGAGGCAACACCAGAUUUGAAAGAGGAAAACCCUCAACAAACAUAUGCAGAGGCAGUCACUGGGAUAGCAGAUAAGGACAAAUUACAGUUGAUCCCUGCUACUGAGGUAAAUGGAAUGCUGGUAGCUAAACUUACAAAGGAAGAUGUUAUUGAAUCAAAAGAUUACUGGAAUUCCACAUUAGUUUGCUGUAUAUUGGGGGCUAAUCCCCCAAUUGAAGUUGUUAAAGGUUUUAUCAAUCGUGUUUGGAAAUCAUAUCCUAUGGAUGAUAUUUCAGUACUAAAAGAAGGACAGUUCUUAGUUACUUUUCGAAAAGAGGAAGAUAUGAAGGAGAUUGUUAAGAGGAGAUAUUACUUUUUCGACAAUAAACCCAUGUAUAUUCAACAAUGGAAACCUGGAAUGAAGGUUAUAACUGAGGAACUGACAGAUAUCCCAAUCUGGAUACAACUUCCAGAUCUAGAUGUGAAAUACUAGAGCCUGUCAGGUUUACUUUUCAUUACUAAUUGGAGAUUUGGAAUCAUCGCCCAAUUCCCAUUUCAAUUUUGAUUUGCACUCUCCUCUUUAGUCUUCCUUCCUCUCUGCGCCAAAAGUCCUAAAACACUGUCGUAGUCCUAAGACCUAAGGUAUCUCUUCUUCUUUUCUUCCUCCUUCCUUUCCAAACCCUAUCUCUGUGCUAUUGCUUGGGAUUUUUAUCUUAAGUUUAAAUAAUUCACGAGUAUAUGACAGAUUAACAGCAACACGAGGGAGUAAACCAUGUGAAAAUUUAAAAUGAUGUGUUUUCUUCUAAUUCUUUUGGAUCACAGGAAUGGCAGUGCCCAAUGAGGCAAUGUGCUUUGAAAUUUUGCUAUCUAUUUUUAUGCUACCGAAGGCCUCACCCUCACACUCCGGUUCAACCUUGAUCCUUUCUAACAAUAAUUUUUUGUGUCAUUGAUUUCAUGGCGUAUUUGGUAAGUGUGUGACAUAAAAUUAAUAGCACUAAAUUUU